CCGGACGUUUUGCAGUUGAUUAAGUGUUGCUAAACACAGGUGCAAAGAAGGAAGCUGUGAAUUUUGACAGGAUACUGCUAAAGUAACCCACAUGUGAAGAUGAGCGUCCCAGACUACAUGCAAUGUGCAGAGGACCAUCAGACUGUGCUUGUGGUGGUCCAGCCGGUCGGCAUAGUACCCGAGGACCAGUUCUUCAAGAUCUACAAACGCAUCGCCAGUGUGAGCCAGGUGAGCAUCAGAGACUCGCAGCGCCUGCUCUACAUCCGCUACCGCCACCACUACCUGCCCGAAAACAAUGAAUGGGGAGAUUUCCAGACGCACCGCAAAGUGGUGGGCCUCAUCGCCAUCACCACCUGUGGCUCAGCGAAGGAGUGGCCCCAGACCGCCGAGCGCUUCCACGGCCAGAAGGAAGUGUACAGCGCCACGCUGUACGAUUCGAGGCUGCUGGUGUUUGGGCUGCAGGGAGAGAUUGCAGAGCAGCAGCGCACAGAUGUGGCCUUCUACCCCAGCUUUGAAGACUGCUCUGAUGUAGAGAAGAGAGUGGAAGACUUUGUGGAGUCGAUAUUUAUUGUCCUGGAGUCCAAGCGGCUCGACCGGGCCACAGACAAGUCCGGUGAUAAGAUCCCUCUGCUCUGUGUGCCCUUUGAGAAGAAGGACUUUGUGGGUUUGGACACAGAUAGCAGGCAUUAUAAGAAGCGUUGCCAGGGACGGAUGAGGAAACAUGUCGGGGACUUGUGUCUCCAGGCAAGCAUGCUGCAGGACGCCUUGGUCCACUACCACAUGGCAGUGGAGCUGCUCAGAGGGGUUAAUGACUUCCUCUGGCUGGGUGCUGCGUUGGAGGGUUUGUGUUCGGCAUCUGUUAUAUUCCACUACCCCGGAGGCACAGCAGGGAAGACGGCAGGACGCAAACCAAGCAUCUCCCAGCCAGCAGAUGCAGGGAAACGCCACAGACCAGGGGCUCAAGAGGUUCUCAUUGACCCAGGUGCCCUCACAGCCAAUGGCAUUAGUGCAGACACCAGCACUGAGAUUGGACGAGCAAAGAACUGCCUGAGUCCUGAGGACAUAAUCGAGAAAUACAAAGAAGCCAUCUCUUACUAUGGAAAGUAUAAGAAUGCAGGCGUGAUCGAGCUGGAGGCCUGUGUGAAAGCAGUCAGGGUGCUUGCCAUUCAGAAGCGGGCCAGGGAGGCCUCUGAGUUCCUGCAGAAUGCUGUUUACAUAAACCUAGGACAGCUAUCAGAGGAGGAGAAGAUCCAGCGUUACAGUAUCCUGUCUGAGCUCUACGAACUGAUCGGCUUCCAUCGCAAGUCAGCAUUUUUUAAGCGUGUGGCAGCUAUGCAGUGUGUGGCUCCUACCAUCCCUGAGCCUGGCUGGAGGGCCUGUUACAAGCUGCUGCUGGAGACACUGCCUGGAUACAGCCUGUCACUUGAUCCCAAGGAUUUCAGUAAAGGUACUCACCGAGGCUGGGCUGCUGUACAGAUGCGCCUCCUGCAUGAACUGGUGUACGCCUCGCGUCGCAUGGGCAACCCGGGUCUGUCUGUGCGCCACCUGUCCUUCCUGCUGCAGACCAUGCUGGACUUCCUGUCUGAUCAAGAGAAGAAAGAAGUGACCCAGAGUCUGGAGAACUACACCUCCAAGUGUCCAGGUGGAAUGGAGGUCAUCACCCUUCCUGACGGCCUGAAGCUCCCACCGGUACCCUUUACAAAGCUUCCCAUUGUCCGAUCAGUGAAGCUCCUCAAUCUGCCAGUCAGUCUGCGCCCCCACAAAGUGAAAGGCCUGCUGGGACAGAAUAUGGCCACUGCUAGCCCAUUCAUCUACUCGCCAAUCAUCAUGCACAACAGAGGAGAGGAGCGCUGUAAGAAGAUAGAUUUCCAGUGGGUUCAGGGAGAUGUGUGUGAAGUGCAGCUCAUGGUCUACAACCCCAUGCCUUACGAACUUCGAGUAGAGAACAUGGGUUUGCUGACCUCUGGAGUGGAGUUUGAAUCUCUGCCUGCUGCACUGUCACUGCCUGCGGAGUCUGGCCUGUACCCUGUCACUCUGGUUGGCGUCCCGCGUACAGCUGGCAACAUCACUGUCAACGGUUACCACACGUCAGUGUUUGGUGUGACCAGUGAUUGCCUGCUGGAGGGCCUGCCUGGUGUAAAGACCGGUGGCUGUUUGGUGGAGGUUGUUCCCUCCCUUCCUCGCCUCCAGCUCAGCACAUCACUGCCACGGUCAGCGCACACACCUCAGCCCAUGUCCAAAGAAGAACUGUCCAGCACCGUGUCCGUCCAGCUUUUCAACGGAGAGACCCAGCAGCUGACCAUCACCUUGGAGAACAUUGGAUCUGAGGACAUCGAGACACUGGAACUCACCUCUAAGAUUCUAGCCACAAAAAGAAAGUGUUUGGGAGAGUUUCUGAGCUGGGAGCUGGAUGAGCCUUUGUCUCACCUGCCUCUAAAGCACGGCCAAGCUGUGACACUGACUGUCAAUAUCAAAGUCAAGUUGGACUUCUCUGGUCAGGAGAACCUGCUGCAGGACCUCAAUGACGAUGGGAUCAGUGUGACAGGCCUGCCAAUCUCCAGUCCACUGCGCCAAGUCCUCAAACCCAGGCCCGAGACCAAACCUGUCAGCAGUGAGUCUGGCAAAGCGGAGUACAGCCAUAUUAAGACUUUGGAAGCAGUGCUGAACUUCAAGUACUCCGGGGGAGCAGGCAAAGUGGAGGGCUACUAUAGGGAACUGUCUCUGGGAGUCCAUGUUGAUGUGGAGCCUUCUGUGUUCUUCACCAGAGUCAGCACACUCCCUGCUACCAGCACCCGCCAGUGUCAUCUACUGCUCGACAUCUUCAACCCCACAGAGCACGAGCUCACCGUCAGCGCCAAGAACAACCAGGACCUGGUUCUCCAUGCCAGCGAGUGCCAGAGGAUGGCCAUACAGGUUGACAAGUUUGACUUUGAGAGUCUGCCACAGCCAGACCAGGAGACAACUCGCUUUACUAACCCCAAACAGCUGGAGGAGGAGCGACAGCAUGCCCAAGGCUGCCAGAUCAACAGCAAGCUGGGCAUCUGUUGGAGCAUCCCCUCCCUGCGGCGCCGUGGAGAGGCCAGCGUGGAGGGAGUCCUCAACCAGCUGGUCCUGGAACACCUACAGCUUGCUCCUUUGCAGUGGGAUGUGUUGGUGAAUGGGAAGCCAUGUGACUGCGAUGUCAUUGCUGACUGUAAAGUGGGUGACGCAGUGACCCUGGAGGUAAAACUGACAAACCUGAGCAAGAACUCGGUGGGGCCCCUGGCUCUGACUGUGGUGCCCUAUCAGGACUACCAGAACGGAGUCCAGAACUACGAUCUGGAGGAUGCUGUUACAUUCAUCGGCUCCAACACUUUCUACAUUGACACGGUUAAACCCAAAGAAAAUGCUGUCUGUGUGGGUGCUCUGCUCUUCCUCUACACUGGAGAUUUCUACCUUAACAUCAAGUUCCAGGAUGACAGUGCUGGACGAGAGCUUCCCUUAGCUUGGUUCACUCUGCCCAGUGUCCACAUUAAAGCUCUGGAUGCCCCACUACAGGCUGGGGCCUGAGUCCCAAGCGACAGCAUCAUCAUAGGUCUUAAUGAAGGAUGGGGGGUUUUGUUGUCCAUGUCUGUAAAUACAGUAGCCUUAUGAAUUGAAUCACUUGUAAAUAUGAUUUUGUUAAAGAUUGCAGCAUGUGUACAGUAGAGUUCAUAGGGAUUUAAAAUCUUGUCUUCAGAACAUUUAAAUUCUUUGUUUACAGGUUACAUGCAGUUUACAUUAAGCAAACUUUAGAUAAUGCGAGAUUGCAUACAGGGUCAAUGGCAAGAUGCACAACUGUCUCAAGGGUUUAUGACUCUACUUCAUAAACAUGCAGAGAUGGGAGAAAAGACGAGACUGAAGGAAAAUGACAAAACUGGAGUUCCUGGUGAGUGUUAUAUUUAAAGUCUGAGCUGAAUAUGAACUCGCACAGAGACACAACAUCGCUUUGUAUGUUGCUAACUAGCUGAAGUUACAACUAGCGGAUGUGCCGUUGAUACAUUUGGCAGGUUUGGAGCAAAUAAAAAACAGACACAAACAGUUCAGCAGUCAAAUUUGCAUAAGUAAUAUGAGGCAAAGUUUGCUUCAAAGCUAGCAAGUUAAAGCUAGCAAGUUAACUUGGUAAGCUAUUUUGGUUGGCUAGCAGCAACCCGUUACUGGCUAGCAAAACUAACCCCAACAAAAGGUAGCCACUGCACAACUACACAACUGACCGCCAUUUCCCUAAGCUUCCAUUAGCAUCUUUUUCACAAGCACGUGAAGAUUUGAUUGAGGUGUAGCCGAGCGCUAACACCACUAUCACACUUUUUCUUCUCUUUAAUGGUUUGCUUUUUGAAUCACCAGUGCCAAUGAAUCACUUGAUUCUUUUAUAUCACAAUAUCAUUUAUAUCAUCAGUUCAAAGAGAAUUAGAAGAUGACGUAAGCAUAACUGAGCUAAAGACCUGAGAGCUGGUAUUGAUGGCUGAUUAGCUUCACAAGAACACUGGAAAUAUGAUCAGCCAGAAUCCACAUGUUAGCCAGUCAUGUACUGUCCACAUACAAAUGAAAUUAUUUCUACUGCUCUGUGGACAUUUUCUUUUGCCUUUGUGCCACCACACUGGAAUACUUAAAAAUUUGAGUGUCUUAGAUUAUUAUUAUCAUUAUGUGUGACAUAUAAUUGUUGUAAAUAAAUGUUAAAAGAAGGCCACCUUUAUUCAUUUUGGCAUUAUUCCAGCUCUUUGCAUUUGUCUGUUCCAGCUGUAAUAGCUCUGUGAUUAUCUUCAUUUUCUGCAGACUGAAAUCACCUUUGUCACCUCAGCAUUUUGCGAACCUCAAGUCUGUCAUUCACAUACUUUACAAUCCAUAAACAGUGAUUAUCAGGGAAAACAUUGCAGACUAAUAAUAAUUUUUAUUUUAUUCAUACAGAGAAGAGUAACUGAACAACAUGCUACUGUCCACUGAUACUAGUUAUUAUUACAGCUGGAAAUAUUAACAUCUGGAUCAUCAUUAGUAUAUUUACAGUCUGUGAUUGAAUAGCAUUGACAUACAUUUAUUAAACAUAAGAGCCAUAAACAUAA